AACUUCAUUUUAUAUAUAGAUCUAUAUAUAUAUACAAAAUAUAUCUUUAGUGUUAAUUAAUUAUAAUAAGUUUAGAGAAAUGGGUUUAACUGGUAAAUUAAUUGCUGCGAUAGAAUUCAAGGCUGGUGGAGAUGUGUUCCAUGAACUCUUCAGGCACAAGCCACAUCACCUUUCCAAUGUUACCCCUGAGAAAGUACAAGGUUGUGAUCUGCAUGAGGGUCAAUUUGGUCAUGUUGGUACUAUCAUCACUUGGAGGUACACCCAUGAUGGGAAAGAGAAGAAGGCUAAACAAGUGAUCCAAGCGAUAAACGAGGAACAAAAAUUGAUGGAAUUCAAGAUGCUCGAAGGAGAUUUAAUGGAACUAUACAAAGCUUUUCUUAUAACAAUCCAUGUCGAGACGAAAAAUGGAAUCGAUUUGGUGACGUGGACUUUGGAGUACGAGAUGUUGAACGAAGACGUCGAGCAUCCCCUCUCUCUCCUCUCCUUCUUCAUCGACAUGACCAAAGAUAUCGAGACUCAUCACGUUGAGAAAUAAUUUAUAACCUUGAAUUAAUAAUAAUAUUGUACUUUAAUUAUAUGUUUAUUUCAAUGUUUCAUAUGCAUAAUAAUUGUGUGUGUGUUUAAUUGUUGGUAGUAAGUGGGAGAUCUUGGCUUGGCUAGGGUUUGCUUUAUUAAAUAAGUUGUGUGAAGUUUGAAGUUGUUUUGUUUCUUGUACUAUAUAUAUUGGCUAGUAUUGAUGUUGUAUUCAAUAAAUAAAAUAUUUUUAAGCAUUAUUU